AAAUUUUCUUCAACUAAAAUCACAAAAAAGCUAAAAUAAUGUUUUAAUAUUCUAAAAAUUAACAGAAGUAACUUUAACAUCUUAAAACGAUGAAUUGUCAUCAAAUAUUAAGUGGAGCAUGCAAUGCUGGAGACAGGUGCUUUGCCGUUGGCUCAGUAGAAGGUGUUUCGUUUACGGCUUACGCAGCUGGCUGCAACAUUGUCAUACUCGCAAGUACAUUUGAACGUGUACAAAUCAUUCCUGGUGCAAAGCAUAAUUAUAUCAGAAUAUCAGCGCUUGAUUGUAGCACGGACACGGGAAAAAUCGCCGCAGCAUAUGAGGACAAAGUUUGUAUAUUUGAACCAACGCCUUUGAUUCACAGUUCACAACCACCAGUACAUGGACUUGAAUACAAAUGGGUUCAAACUGGAACACUUCAAGCGUCAUCACACAUCAGUUCUUUAUCAUGGAACUUGGAAGGCACCAGACUACUUACCGGCGGUAUUGUCCUUGAAAUGUGGCAUGAAAAAUUCGGAAAACCAGACGAUGAAACUCAAGAAUCAUCAAAUGUGAAAUUUGAAAUCGGUGGCGGUGAUCCAAGAACACCAACAAAUGAACAAGACGAUGUUUCAGAUGAAACAUGGGAAUGUGUAUGGAAGUGUCACACAGCAGCUCCAGUUCAUCACAUGGCAUUCAGUCCCGAUGGAACACUCUUUGCGACUUCUGGAAAAAAUGAUCGAUUAGUUAAAGUUUGGUACGAGAACAAACAUUUGUUAUUUCCAUCACGAAAUCUCGAACAUAAUCAUUCGAUGGGAAGUUUUAUCGGCAAUCCAAUGGAAUUAAAUUAUGGAUUUGUUUAUGUCGCACAUCCUCGCGCUGUCACGCAUAUAUCGUGGCGAAAGACGAGUAAGUACAUGCCAAAAGGAUCAGUUUCUAACAUGUUAGUGACGUCGUGUUUGGACAACAUUUGUCGGAUCUGGGUUGAGACAGUCUUACCCGACGACGGACUUGUCAACAUGAAUCAAUUCGAUCCACUUGCAUCACAGAAUCCCAAAUUUCGAACCCAUCGUCACAAACAUCGAUUCAUGCAACGAUUGAAGCACAUGAAAACAUGUUUUCAUAUUCGACGUCAUGCGAAGCAUCACGCAGCAACUGGCAUCAGUGGAAUGGCUGCAGGCUUUGGCGGACUUGGAACAGCGAAUGGUUUUGGACAGCCGCCGAUUCCUACGUUACCAUCAACUUACAGUGUUCAUGAUUUCCAUUCUUACGGCUAUCAUGGAACGGGAGUCACGCCCGGACUUCAUUUUCAUCUCGCUGCAAGCAUAAAUGCUGAAACUGACAUUCCAUUAGUUCCAUCUAUGCAAACAAACGACCCAGCAUCACAACCAAACUUCAUUCUGCAUUGGUUGAAUAACAAAGAAAUGCAUUUCUCAUUGCAAGCUGAAAGCAUCAUGCAAGACAUGACGCGAAAGUUGAUUGAGAAGGAAGACUUGAACAAUCUUUUGACAGGAGGUGAAAAUAGUCAUUCGGAACAUUCAGCUGAUGAUCAUCAUCACGGUGUUGCUGCUGACGAAGUUAAAAGCAAGCUAAUUAAAAUGAACAAAUCAAUGUCACAUGAUGAGAGUCAACAAAGUGAUGAAGUUCAUCCACAACAUCAACCACAACAGCAUGGACAUCGUUCACAAUCAAUUGGCGCGACAGUUCCACCAUCACACACACUUUCCAACACCACAUCAAUUCAAUCUUUGAUGACUGAUGGACAAACUGCUGGUCAUGGUGUUGGUGGUGGUUUGAAUGUCAAUGCAGCGACUGAUUCAUUGGACAUGAAAAUUGAAUGUUUACUUCGUGAUUGGCAUCACAAUCCUGAUUUACUCUUCUCAAUUCAUCCAAUUGAUGGAAGUUUCUUGAUUUGGGUGAUUGAAUGGUUGGAUGAAUAUCAUCCUGGAUCAUUUCGACAAGCCCAAGUGUCAUUCUCUACAAGAAUUCCAUCAGCAUUUCCACUUGGCGAUGCGAUGUCAAUGUCGACAACUGUCAGUUUAUUUUCAUCCGGUAUUAAUUAUUUGCAUUUUCGUGAUAUGGUCAUAAAAGGUGUGUCGAAAGCAACGACGAAAGAAGGAACAUCGACAACAAAAGAUCAUGGCGAUGGGGACAUUGGAACGCCAUUGCCAAGUGUUCAAGAAGAAAACGAUCUUGAACCAGCUGACGGCGAUAACAACGAAGAUGAUGAACAAGCGGAAGGAGAAGACGAAAAGAAACCGGAAACAUCAUCAGCAAAUGAUUCUGGAAACAUAAAUGACGCCGCUCAUCAUAUUGUCAAUGAUUUACUUAUGGCACCGCCAUCACCAACAAUCUCAAUGGUGACAAAACAUUCAAAUGGAACUUUAAAUUUAUGGCAAUUAACAUUCGCUGAUAAAAGUAAAUUUUCUCAAGUUUUAAGUAUUGGACAUGCAUCGAGAGCAAGUGGACAUCGUUUUCGUGUUAAUGAUAUCACUUGUCAUCCAGUGUUGCCUUUAUUGUUAACAACAUCACAUCACAACAUCCCAGAAUUAACAGCAAAUGAAGGUGGUGAAGAUGAUGAUGAGAAUAGCAGCAACAAUCGAUUUACUGCUGACAAAUUGAGACGAGGAAAAGAUGUUUGCGUUCCACUUGGAUUUUGUUCGGAACUUAUUUUAUGGCGAGUUGAUUCGGUUGGUCCAUUAUCACAAUCUGGCGGUGUUUGUGAGCUUGCAAGGAUAAAUUCACCGGAAAUAUCAGCAUUUAGUAAUGUGGCUUGGAUUCCAACACUUUUACCGAGUACAACGCUUGGAAAUUUAUCGAAUUCACCAUCAGCAUGUUUCGUUGCAAGUGAUGGCGAAUCGCUUCGUGUUUAUCAAGCUGUAAUUGAUGCAAGAACGCUUCUUGCUGAAAUUUCAAGUUCUGAACGUCGACAUCGUUUAAUGACAGACUCGAUGAUGUCAUUGUCAACUGAAUGUUCAUCACUUAACGAACAAUUGAUGCAUCAUCAAUCGCCACUUCAUGAUAAAAUUAAAAUCGUAUCACAACAAUCGACAGCACGUCCUGGUUGUAUAAUUCAAUUGGAUGCAAUUGACGAUGCGACACAUGAUUGGCAGAAUACGCAAUUCUUGCAUGUUUUUCAAGAACAAUUAAUAACAGGUGAGAGAAACGAUUCAAAUUCGACGGGAUUGAUUGAAAAGCUUGGCAUGGAUGUGAGUAAUGAACCAAUUGGUGGAUUGAUGGAGAAAGAAAUGGAUGCGAUGGUUGAUUUACAGAGAAAUUCAGUGUUUGAAGAGCCUUUUUACAUCGUCGUUCUUGAGCGAACUCAAAAAGGAACGACAGUUCAUAUGUGGCGUAUUGUCAUUGCAUCUCAACCUAUUGAAAAUGAUUUAACAAGCAGCAUGAUGUACGUUCCCGAUAGUAACAUUGUUCAAGACUUAGACGAUCCUGAUGAUCAUCAAAGCAAACUUGGACGACAAUCAUCAGCUGGAAUGACAGCCGAUGAUAAUAAAACUGGUGGGACAAACGAAUAUUGUCCACGUGUCAAUAUUUCAACAACGAAAGUUUGCACACAAGAACUUCCACUUGCUGAAGGUGUUGAUGUUGUUCAUGCUUCACCAGCUGCUGGCCAUUUAAGUUCAUCGUCGAUUUAUCCAGCAUGCUUUGCUCCUUACAUCAUUGUCACGGCAUGUUCUGAUUCGACAGUUCGCUUUUGGAAAUGCAAAGUGACGAAAGUUAAGCAAGGAAAUUCAUCGUCAAGUAACAAAUUUAAAUACGAAUGGCGUGAAUGGGACAUGAUAAGGAAAGAUCAAGAAUCAACGAUUGAUAUUAAUGGACAAUUAUUGAAUAUUAGUGCAGCUUAUAGUGGACGAAUAGCUUGUGCAUAUAAAUAUGGAAAAUCGUUCACACGUCCAACAAAAGCUGAUCCUGAAUCGCGUUAUGUGAAUCUUUGUGUUGCAAUUUACGAGUGUGAAAGCACGGGUGGAAGUGAGUGGGUGUUGGAAGACACAAUUCACUUAAAGAACAUUCAUUUACCACGAAUUCAAGUCGAUCCACAUCUUGAUUUGAGUUAUCUUUAUGAUCAUAAAUCAUUGAUGAAGAAGCAAAGAUUGCAACAAGUUCUUCAUCCAUACACAUCGCACGAUGAUCUCAUACGAACACCAAAUCGUCACGGUGGAAGUUCAAGCAGUAUUAAUGGUGAAACAACGCCAGAGAAUCUUAAGCCAACGAAUAAUGGAGGAUUGUUGGCUGUGCCAAGUUUCAGUACGUUACAAAGUUUAAGAAAAUCGAUAACUGAACAUGGCAACACUUGUCCAUUGACACAGAAACAUUUGGUGCAAUUGGAUUGGGUAUCGAAGGAAGAUGGAUCACAUAUAUUGACAGUUGCUGUUGGCAGUAAGAUUAUGUUGUUUACACCAGUCUCAAGUGAUUUAGCACAAGCAAAUAUGAAAGCAAUGAAGGAAAGUCAGACAGCAAAUCGACCUUUGUUACGUAAAGCAAGUUCACUUGCACGUCCACACUUCAACGAUGAGAUUCGUUGGAUGAAAUUACGUCAAAUUGAAUUAAGCACAGCUGAUGGUUUACCACCAUUACCUAUGCAAAUCUCGUGGGUUCGUGAUGGAAUUUUUGUAGCUGGAAUGGAUUCUGAAAUGCAUGUUUACUCACAAUGGAAGCCACGCGAUUACAAGCAGAUUUUAUCACAUCAUUUAGAGAGUUUAGAUAACUUUUAUGACACGAGAAUCUUACGUGAUGAAGAUCUUCGUUCACUUGUGAAUGAGAGUAAUCAAAGACGAUUAGCAAACGUUCCAUCAAUGCCACAUUUGUCACGAAUUAGCGCAACAAAUUUACAGAUGUUUGGUGCUCAAGAAAAGAAAAAGAAAGGCGGAGGUGGCAACAACAACAAUGGACAAGUUCAAGAUGUUCCAAUCAAUUAUGAUUACAUGAACGAUUUUGGAUUGUUUGAAGCGUCACGUAUCGCUUGUCCCGUCCUUCCACAAUAUCAUCCCAAGCAAUUAAUGGAAUUGUUGAAUUCUGGAAAGAUUCGUUGGGUCAAAGCAAUUCUUGCUCAUUUAGUUCGUUGCAUUAGUGGAUCUUGUGCUGUAAGAGGUGGUGGUAAUGAUGAAGAAAGCUUGAAUCGUCAACAGCGAGGUUGGUCGAGAUCUCGCACACUUUCUGUGAGCUAUGCCGCUGGCACAACUAGUCCAUUAGAACCGCGUGGUUCAACUACACAGAUUCCUGAAGAAUUAACAUUAGACUAUGCUGAGAUAACAUCAAUACCACCAUUACCAUUAUGGACACUUUUAGCUGCUGAUAAAGAGAAUCUUGCUCAACAACAGAAGGAAGAAGUUAAGGAUUAUAAUGAACUCUUCGACAGUAGCAUUGCUGAAGACGAUUUAGAUGAGUUGCUUGAAGACGACGGCGACUCGCCACGUCGUUUCGAUCGACGUUCAUCAAUUCCCGAACGUCAAUAUUUGUCACAUUUUGGACCACGCCAAGGACAAUUGUUGUCACGUCUACUCACACACACACAUCUUCCUGGCUUGUCAAGUUUAGAUCAAAUGCAUCUCCUUGCUUUGGCUGAUACAGUUUCAACUUGCAACACUGACUUUGCUGAAAGAUUCGCUAUCGAUGCAGCGAAAACUGCAAUCGCCAAAGAGAAUUUAACUGGAAAUCCUGGCGACAGUGAAAAUCUGUCAACAGACUCACUUGAUGAUUGCGGUUUAAGAUUCCUUUUAGCGAUGAAACAUUUCAGUUAUUUACUACGUUGUUUACCACUCGCACAACGUACACAAUUCCAAAAACAAGGCGUGGGAACAUCAAACAUCGUUUGGGCUUUUCAUUCUGAAAGUGAAGAAGAAUUAUUGAAUUUAAUUCCAAAUUAUUCCAAAGGACAAGUUAAAUGGAGUCAAUUGAAGGAGUUGGGGGUUGGUUGGUGGUUGAGAAACCAAACAUUGUUGAGAACUUGCGUCGAAAAGUUAGCAAAAGCAGCUUUUCAAGCGAAACAAGACCCACUCGAUGCCGCAAUUUAUUAUUUUGCAAUGAAAAAGAAAUCCGUCGUUUGGGGAUUGUUCAGAAAUCAACGUGAUGAGAAAAUGACGCAAUUCUUUCAAAAUAAUUUCAGUGAAGAUCGAUGGAGAAAAGCAGCAUUGAAAAAUGCUUUCGCUUUGUUAGGAAAACAAAGAUUUGAACAUGCAGUCGCAUUCUUCCUUCUCGCUGGCAGUUUAAAUGAUGCAUUGGAAGUUUGUUUAACGAAACUUGAAGAUUUACAGCUUGCGAUGAUUAUCACACGACUUUAUGAAGGCGAACACGAUAAUUCACCGCCAAGUUACAAGAAACUCAUUUAUGAAGAGAUUCUCGGUUGUGAUAAAAACGGUGAGAAUCAAGACAUCGAACGUGCACAUCCCGAUCCAUUCCUACGUUCAAUGGCUUUAUGGAUAUUGAAAGAUUACAGCGGAUCUCUUGGAACUUUAUUGCAAAAUGAAGUUGGAUUAUUACAUAAAGCAUACGACGAUGAAGAUCCAUCACUUCUUCAUGCUUCAACACAUUCAGGAAAGACAGCAAAUCCAAAUGUCUUCAACUUUUAUGUUUAUCUUCGUACACAUCCACUUUUAAUUCGUCAACACAUCGCAACGACGGCACUUGAAAAGAAACGAACACAAGUUGUUUUAAGUGGUUUCAGUUUCGGUGGAGUUGGUGGAAUGACAAGAGCUGAAAGUAUUAGUGCAGCAAUGGGGCAGAAUGGAAAGAUUAAAUCAAGUACAAUGGCGACUGAUAAACAAUUACAUCUCGAAGAUUCUAUAACACCACUUGAACGUCAAUUGUACUUCACAACAGCUCACGGACAUUUCAAAGCUGGUUGUCCAGCAUUAGCGCUUGAAGUUCUCAGUAAACUUCCAACAAAGGUCAUUGAAACUGAUGGACAUGAAAGCGACAUUGACAAUUUAAGUAAUGCAACUACUGACAACAAAAAAGAUACAAACAUGAAUCUUAUCGAGACGGGAACAUUCGAUUGGAGUCAACCAACAUCGACGACAGCAGCAAUCAAUAACACAUCAAGUAGCUUUGAUUGGAGUGCACCCGUGUCACAAUCAGUUGAUGAUGGAUUUAAAAUUGUUUGGGAUGAUGCAGACGAAGAAGAAGACGACGACGAUGAUGACGGAGGCGGAUUAGGAAUGAAAAUUGAUAAAAACAUAGAAGAGAAAGAAAAUGAAAAAGGAAAUCAAGACAAUACCAAAGCAACAGUAAAUCCAAGUGAUAAUAAUAAUUUAAGUGAUAGUCAAGUUGGACAAUUGGAUAUCAUGGCACAACAAUUAAAAUUCAUUGCAUGUUUAAAGAUUUUAAUGGAAGAAUUAUCAACACUUGCAACAGGCUUUGAAGUUGAUGGUGGUCAACUUCGUUAUCAACUUUAUGUUUGGCUUGAAAGAGAAGUUGAAGCAUUAAAGCAAUUAUGUAAUUACAUAACGUCAGAUAAUGUUGAUGGCGGUCCAAAUGUGACAACUGCUGAAGAUAUUGCGAUUGAAAGUAAUUACGACACGCCACAAAUGGCAACGAAAUUCCAACAUGAUCGUCCAACAUUGCAUGAAAUUCUUCUUCAAGAGAAACACGACUUUGAAGCGAAAGUUCAAAGAGCAGCGAAGAGAAAGCGUUGGUUGAAAGCAAACGAGACUUUAUUGCGAACACUUUUGAGUUAUUGUUCAUUACAUGGCGCAAGUGGUGGUGGAUUAGCGAGUGUUCGAAUGGAACUCGUGUUGUUGCUUCAAGAACUUCAACAAGAGAAGACACAACAACAACUUCUCAGUCCACUUCCAUUCCCAACGACUUUACCACUUCUUAGUGCUUGCGUUGCCGGCAAUAAAACUGUCAUCGCUGAUCCAAUUCGUUAUCUUCAACAACAUACACAUGACAUGCUUCAAACUGUCGUUGAUUUACGCGGACCACCGAUGGGCAUUCGCGAUGCACAUUUCUCGGAAGUUUUCGUGUUGAGAGAUCUCGCAGUUGCACUUUCAGCUUGUAUUUAUCAAUCGUUAUGUGAUUCUGAUACAUUUAGCGUGAAACAUUCAGUUGGUGGUGAUUGUCAUAGUCCUGGAAUGGAGACAAUUGCAAAACUUAAUGCAAGUUGUCAAAGCACACAUUUAAUGGCAAAUGCAGCUGCACAUACAAGACGAAGAAAAUAUUCAACAGAUGAACCAGUCACAGUCAGCACAUCACCAUCAAAAUGGCCUGGCGUGACGAAUUUAAGAGCUUUACUUGCAAGAGAGAAAGACGAAGACACUCCACGAUUAAAUGUUCUGUUGACUGAAGCUUUUGUUGCAUCUUUCAUGUCACUUCUUGUUUAUGCUCUCACAACAUGUGAUUGUCACAUUUUGUAUCGUUUAGUUGGACAAAAGUUCACUGACUCGACAUGGGCUUUGUUGUAUGGUGGCGGUGUCAAGAAACUGUUACGAAAAGCGACGUCACAUGUUCAAGCAGCACAACAAAUGGUGCAGCAACAAUUGCAACAACAGGAAAGUGCGGAAGGCGAGAGUGGAACUGGUGAAAGUGGAAUGUGGAACACCGUGACGUCAAUCACAAAGCAUCGUGUGAAGCUCAACAUGAAGAUUCUUGGACAAUUUGGUGGUCAACCAACAUCGACAAAUAUGAAGGAAGAUAAGCCGACAUAUCGUGAACAAUUUGUGUCACCAGAAUUGUCAAUGGUGAGUUAUUUCCUGACGAAACCUUCAUUAAGUGGCGACACAAAUGAAGACGAUUAUGAUUCAGCGGAUUCUGCUGUUUCUGAUCUCGAUGAUGAUGACGAUGAUGAAGAUGUUUUUGCUGAUCCACUCAACAAUGAUCCAAAGAAAACGCAAACGGCUGCGGCGAUAAAGAAACAUCGAAAGGAGAACAGCGAACAUACAAAUCCAAAUUCAUUGUCGUGGUGCAUUCUUCGUUGUGCAAUUGUGAAACAUGCUCAGAAUCAAAUUCAAUCAUUUAUUAAUGUUGCUGGUUUGGAACUUCAAGAACUUCCAGUUUGUAGUCCGUUGAUUCAUGGAACGUUGAGAUCGUUGGCGAUAUGGCAAGAAUUGUUGAAGGAAGAACUUGAACAUCGUGGACCAGCGUCUGCUGAUUACAUUCCUGGAUGUUUUAUUGAAAGUGAGAAUAAAGGUCCAUCAAUCCACAAAUACAGAUCGUUGCUUGAAAGAAACAAUACGCCGUUUAGUCCAUGUGCAGCUUCAGCUGCCCCAUCACGAAGAUUAUGGAACUUCAUGGUGCGACAAGAACAAUGUCAAGAAAUCUUCAUUCGUGCAAUAUUCGGGAAGAGAAAGACAUUUGCUUAUGAUCAACCGAGCACUGCUUCUCAACUUGGAACUGCUGUUCCUUCGGUGUCGAAUUCUGUUAUUGAUUUCUCACAACAAUCUGAAGUUGGUGGCGUGAACUUCUCGGGAUCGAAAGAACAAAAUCAUCAACAACUUCCCGAACCUGUCAGAAUUAUUCACAAAGAUCAAGAAUCAAUUUCAGCUUUCUGUAUUAAUUUAACAAAUGUUGGAAUGCUGGCAUUAGCAACACCAAGAGAACUUCAAGAAAUGGACAUUUCAUUGCUGCUCGAGUCCCCAAAUUGGUUGGAAGACGAAUGCGAAUUUGACAUCAUGAACUUAUCCAAGGACGUUGACACUUUACCGUCGAGUGGUUUUCUUGUCAUUCAAUCAGCGAACAACGACAAAUCAGCUGAAAAGCAAGCACAGAAUCUUCAACAAGCACCAAUGCCAAUGAGUCCACAACCAGGACAGACGGGACGUGGAGCUUCAGUGGUCCUGAAACAUAAAAUCGACAACAUAAAAAGGAUGAGUUCUCAUCCAUUGAUGCCUUUGUACUUAACAGGCGGACAGGAUGGAUCUGUUCAAAUGUGGGAAUGGGGACAUCAACAAGCUGUUUGUACGCCACGUCCUCCGGGAACAUUCGCAAAAGUGACUCGAUGUCGAUUCUCUCAACAUGGAAACAAGUUUGGUGUUGCUGAUGGUGAUGGAAAGCUGAGUUUAUGGCAAGUUGGACUUGCGUCUCAAUGUAAUCGAUCAUUCUUCACUCACGAAUGUCACAACAAACUCAUCACAGACUUUAUGUUUCUCGGUUCAUGCAGUUUAGUCGCAACAGCCGGACAUAGUUCUGAAAGCAAAAACGUUGCAAUUUGGGAUACUUUGUUGCCACAAAAGAAAGCGAUGGUUGCAUCAUUUGCAUGUCACGAUCAAGGAAGUUCUAGUUUAGCAUACGCUCCACAACAUAAUCUUCUGAUAUCAGCUGGAAAGAAAGGCGACAUUUGUAUCUUUGAUGUUCGUCAGCGGACUUUGAGGCAUCGUUUCCAGGCUCAUGAUAAUGCAAUAAAAUGUCUCGCGAUGGAUCCACACGAAGAAUUCUUUGUGACAGGCUCUGCUGAUGGUGACAUCAAGGUUUGGGCAUUAGCAGCUCCAAUGAGUUCACCGCUUUUCUUCUACCCUGGUGAACACAAACACAGCAGUUUCUUCAAACACAUGGGACAAGGCGUGACGCAAAUUCAAAUCGAUCAACUCGGUCGAAUGUUCUCGUGCGGCGUCGAUGGAAGUAUGAAAGUUCGAUCACUUCCUGAUCGUGAUACGAUCAUCAACUCAAUUUAUUGAGUUAAUCAGAUGAUAAUAGAUAAUAAUAAUAAUUAUAAUAAUUAAACAUAAUAAUAAUAAUAAUAAUUCUUCAACACAUACACACACAAAUAAGUUUUAAAAAAUUUGAUAACAACAAGAUUCAUGAAAAAUAUUUUAAAACAACAAAUAGAGUUGAAACAUUUCAUCAAAAACUUUUUUCGAUUUAUCUUUUCUGUUCUUCCGUCUCAUUAAAGUGAACAAUAAAAAUUUAUCUUCUCGAUGGUGACUCGAAAAUUAUUUCGAUGCUUCUAAAUAUAUUUAAAGAAAAACUUUUUAAUGGACUUUAAAAGUAAAAUUAAUUUUGUGAUGAGAAAAGUCGAAGAAGAACAAACAAAUUAAAAAAAUCUUUCUUGAUUGAAAAUUCUACAUGAAAAUUGAAAAUCUUUAAUAAGAAAAUUGUUUUUUCAUCUCUAUACGUAUUUAUAUUCAUACAAAACGAACGCCCGCCCGCCUGCUCGAACGCCUUUGUGCUAAGAUUUUUACUUAAAGUUUCCUUCCCGUUUUCCCUUUCAUCUUAAAUAUUCAAAGCUUUUAAACGAAAUUAAAGAAGACGCUGAAAAUUAAAUUUAUGAUGUCUGUUGAUGAUACGCCGGUUCGCUGAAUGUCUGGCGAAUCAAAGGAAUUAAUUAUCGCGUUAAUAAUGUUCGCUACUCGACUGAACUUUGCGGUUAAUUUCGGUAAAUUUCGCUUGAAGUGGAAAGUUAUUCGUCUCCGUUUGAAGCUUUCAGGCAUUCUACGAACGUUCGAUUAUAUACAUGAAAGAAAAUCCAAAAUCCAUUUAAAUAUUGUUAGUGUUGUUAUUGAAUAAUAUAAAUAUUUCAUCCCCCGCAAACAAUCCAUUAUUUAUUGCAUAAAUCAAAGGAAAAGAAACUAUGAAAACUUUUAUUAGAUAUUUGAGCAAGAAAUGAAAUCAUUAAUGUUAUAAAAUAAAAUAAAAUUAAAAAAAGGAUAAGUCAAGGCACUCUUGGGACACUCUUGACUGGGCUUUAUGAUGAUGUUUAUGAAAAGAAGCAAAAGAAAAGAGAAAAAAACGAAAUUGUUUACUUAACAACAUUUGACUGUCGUCUUUUUUUAUUUUAUUUUAUAUUUCUCGUUUUUCUCGAUCAACUUGUACGCCUCCCUUCAACCUUAUCAUCUGAAAAUAUCCAAUUUUCACCCCCAUGGGUGCUUCCCUUUAAUGUCAAACAAGGAUAAAAGUUCUUCUACGCCAGCCAUAAAAGAAGAAGAAUAACGUUUUGGGGAAAAUCCGAUGAAAAAUGGAAAUUUUUACGUAAAGCGAGAGUUUGGGGGAGGAAUCAAUGAUGAUAAUGACGAUGAUGAUACUUACAGAAAUUUAAUUUAAAAUCAAAUCCUUCUAUUGUUGACUUUUCAUUUAUUGAUCCAUUAAUGACCUUCUUAGACGAAUCGAGAACUUAUUUAAUAAGGAAAAUCUGAGUUUGAUCCCUUCGUCAACAAAUUUCAAUUGAAAUCUUACUAAAUCAAAUCGAAGGGAAAAGAAGUUGUCUAAUAAUGAAAAAUAUAAUCAUAAUUAAAAAUCUAACAACAAUAAGAAAUCAAAUAACGAAAGAGUCUUAUGAAAAGUAGAAAGAAAACAAAACAUAAAAAAAUGUUUAAAGUUUUUAUUCAGCUUCAAGCAGAAAAUGAAGAAAAAAAUUGUUUUUAUUUCUUAAAUACUUAUGAGUUAAGUUUAAAGUCACACGAAGAUUAAUAUCUAUGAUAAACGAGGGUGAACAUAUAUUGUUGGCUAUAAUCAAGUAAAUAAAAGAAAAAUUAUACACAAUGAACAUGAGAUGUAUGCCAUUUACUCGCAUAAAGUGAAGAAUGAUGAAUAAAGAAAUGGAAAAUAUCUGUAAAAUUCCAAG